UCGGCGUAACAACACUAGGCACGAUUAUCAUUUUUAAACAGAAGUUUUUAUUUCUGUAAAUAAAUUAUUACAAUAUGAAAAGAUUAUAUUGGAUUAUAAUAUUAUGGUACAUGAAUAUUUCGCCUAUAACUCCUUAUUAUCAUGAGAUAACAACCGUAAAACCGUACUAUCCAUUACGAGAAGACGCAUAUUUUGGAUACAGCAUGGCUUUCUUAGAUAAUGACCUCGUUAUAAGUGCACCAAGAGCUGAUGAUAUUGGACAAAUAUAUAAUUACGACACGAAAACCGAUAACUUAGACAAAUUUGAUUUACAGCUUAUAAGAGAAGUUAAGAAGUAUAAGCAUGACUAUUGGCUGGGAGCCACUGUCACAAAGGGAUCUUCAUUCUUCGUGACUUGCGCUCCAAGAGUUGUAGAAUACAGCAGAUUUUCGACGAACUGGUACACAGCGGGAACAUGUUAUAAUUUCACAAGUAAAACAAACAUAAAACUACCAUCAAAGCUAGAAAACACUGUUUUGUUUAAUGGAAAUUCCGAUUCUUUUGGAUGGAGCAUCAAUGUGGAUCCAUUAAAUAGAAUUAUGAUCGGUGGUCCCGCCUUAAUUGGUGGUUAUGUGAGAAUUCAUCAAACGCACUUCACUACGCCAUACAUUUUGAGGAAUACAACCAAUACAUACAAUUUUGGAUACAGCAUUGCAAGUGGUUAUUUUCUAUCGGAUAAGGACCUUACCUUUGCCGUCAGUUCUACUUAUGGAGCGUAUGGCGAAGGCCAGGUGUUUAUAUUUAGCACAGAUUUCAAAGACAAGUACAGAAUCAUCAAUAAAGGAAUAGGGUCUAUGUAUGGAGCUGUACUUUGCGCUUUACGUUUGGAAGGAAAUCGUUCUUCUUUGUUGGUAGGAGCACCAACAUAUACGACAAACCCUCAUGAAUAUGACCAAGGUGCCAUCUACCUAUAUGUGCCGAAUUAUUCUGCUAAUACCACUGAGAAGCUGGUACUUAAGAGGAUAAUAAAUGGGACGUCAAGCGGUGGUUAUUUCGGUUACUCUAUUGUCAAUAUCGGAGAUUUGGAUGGCGACGGUAAAGAUGAAAUUGCAAUUGGAGCGCCAUAUGAAGAUGCAGGAAAGGGAGCAGUGUACAUUUACUCAGGCCAUGGUCUUCUUUCUGGCAAGACUUGGCUACAGAAAAUCUAUCGAAAUGAGUUCCAAUCCUUUGGAUUUAGUCUUGCAGCAUUUACUGAAUCCUAUGAAGAUGUAUGCAAUGGGUUAGCUAUCAGCGCUCCACUAGACAACAAAGUAUUUCUAUACAAAUGUACAGCUUACAUCACCGUAAAUUUACGCACAAAAUUUCCGGAUUUACAGAAACGCGAGAAUCAACUACAUUUUAAAUUCGAUGCAUGUAUCGAUUUUACCUAUCCUAGUAAACCAAAAUUUAUUGACUCAGAAAUUGAGUUCAAAGUUAAAAUAACUCACACAUAUGCAAAGUUAGACAACUCCGCGCCAGAUGGAUCAAUUACAAAUCCUAUAAAUUUGGGACAACGUCGCGAAAGCUUUUGCGCUAGCUUCAAAGUGUUGACACCAGAGGAAGGUGAUUACAACGAAAUGAUAAAAUAUAACAUAACGGUGGAUUUAACCAAUCGAAUGAUGAAAAAAACAAAAGAAAAGUUUGAUAGAGCUCAUGUACUUCUAAGUGAUAGAAGUGUCCGUUCGUUGGAAGGUCAGCUUUGGGCAGCUAACUGUAAAAGCACCUACGGUCGCUGCGUCCCCCAGCUCAGCCUUGAGACUUUCACAACCCUAACAGAUCCUUACUUAGUCAGCAAUUCAAAAAAAGAAAAAUUUUCUCUAAUGAUAUUGAACUCUGGCGAGAUUGCCUAUAACCCGUGCGUGAUAGUGACAGUACUCGGCGCUCAUGUGCUGAGCCACCCCCCUGGAUGCACGCGCGGUGAAGACGCGGAGCAAGUUAUUUGUAAACCAAAUAAAAUGUUGAUUAAUGGAUAUAAAUGGCCCACUGGUAAUAUCGAGAUUGAUACAUCGUUUGCAACAAAUCAAUUAGAUAAUUUAUCGAUCCAGUCGGACCUGUACAAUAAUUGCAAUGACAAAACAGAUAAAAAAACAAACACGAAUUUUUUCAGUCUGAUAUAUGACUUCAGUGGAAUUAAUAUACAAGGUCUUUCUAACCCGAGCAAAAACUUAAAUAUUACAACCGUUGAUGUCACACUAGGGAAGCAAUUUCACCAUUUAUAUUCGAUAAAAAAUGAUGGUUCGACAGACUACUUGAACGCUAAAUUUAAAAUUUUGCUAGAAAAGAGGAAAUAUUUAAGUUACUCAUUAGAGGUGUCCUCCAAAUCCAAUAUCAUAGAAAAAAAGGAGACAGACAACAUGAUCGAAUACACAUAUAAAGUCCAAGAGCUGGCCAGAAGGAAUGAAACGAAUGUGUAUUUAUGUAUAAAUAUCGUGCCAGAAACCCUAGGUGAAUUUAUAACAAGCGGAAAUGUAACGACAGCGUCGAAGUUAAUUUUGUAUUUGAAAGAAGAUAUCCAAGAAAUGAGCGUCUCAACGACCUUGAUUCUCAAGUCAACCCGUGUGGCUGCAUGGAUUAUAAUAAUCGCAAUUCUGAUGGGUCUACUUAUUCUACUUUUAAUGGCCUUCAUAUUACGCGAGUGCGGCUGCUUCCAAAGAAAAAAUAAGAAAAAAUUAAAUAGCUUGAAAGAAUUUGUCAGAACGCAAAGUAUGCGUCAAAACUCUAGAGGACAUCAUAUGCUGCAGGAAGAGAGGGACGCUAAUAUUUGUGAUUGAAAAAUAAGCUUUGAGAGUGGGAAUAUAAACAAUGGUGGAUUAUAGAUGGAACUAAUUCAAUAAGGGCUUUAUAUAUUAAUUUAAUAAGGUUUCGUAUUGUAAUAUUACCUAUAAUUAUUAUUAAAAAUUGUCUUUAAUUUUUUAACAAAUUUAUUAAAAAAAUAUUUAAAUAAAAAAUAUUC